GUGUCGCCGCUGUUUGUUAGGAAUAACGUUAUUCCUGAGAAACCGAGCCGUAGGAGCCACGCACUGGGCAGGGCACUGAACAAAAAACGUUUAGGAGCUUUGCAACAAAGAACAAAUCACCUGUGCAGAAUAGUAAAGGGGAUGACGUAGGGGCUCAGGCCUCAGGCCAGAGACAGAGAGCAGAGAUGAGCCUGACAUCCUGGUUCCUGGUGAGCAGUGGGGGCACACGCCACCGGCUGCCCCGUGAGAUGAUUUUUGUGGGACGCGACGACUGUGAGCUCAUGCUGCAGUCUCGCAGUGUAGACAAGCAGCACGCCGUGAUCAACUAUGAGCCAGUGAGUGAUGAGCACAAAGUGAAGGACUUAGGGAGCCUUAAUGGGACAUUUGUGAACGAUGUUCGAAUCCAGGAGCAGAUGUAUAUCACUCUGAAGAUCGACGAUAAGCUAAGGUUUGGAUAUGAUACCAACUUGUUCACUGUGGUCCGAGGAGAGCUUCAUGUUCCAGAAGAGGCUUUAAAGCAUGAAAAGUUCACCAGUCAGCUUCAGCUGGGGAAGAAGCCAGCCUGCGCAGAGUCGCCCAAAGCACUCAAGUCUCCUACAGCCAAAGGCGCAGAGAGCAAAGCUGCCGAGCCAGUCACUGAACCUCCUGCCAAAGUGGUCGAAACCUGCAAGUCUGAUGAGAAAAUGCCAGGUGAUACUGCAGCCCUACACAGAGGAACACCUUUGUAUGGACAGCCUUCUUGGUGGGGUGAUGGUGAUGCUGAUGACGAGAACUCAUUUAAACAGGAGAAUAAAGCAGCAGGGAAAAAACAGGAGACUCUUGGGACAGACACCAAGGAGAUUAAGCGGACAGAGAAGGCUAAGGAGAAUGGUGUGAGCGCUGCAGGCCCCGAGCCCAGCUACUUUGAGAUCCCAAGUAAAGACGGCCAGAUGGCAGAGGACAGCAUCCACGAGGUCCCGACCAAGGACACGGAGAGCAGCGCAGCAGCCAAAGCCGCCCAAGCUAACACCUCCUUUACCAUCGAGUUUGAUAGCACCUCUCCAGGGAAGGUGACCAUUAAGGAUCAUGUGUCACGUCCAAGAUCUAAAAAAUCACAGCCAGGGAGUAAAGAGCUCAGCAGCCUACAGGCAGCCAUCAUGGCCUCAGAGAGCAAAGUGGCCGACUGGCUCGCACACAACAAUCCUCCCAUGGUAAGGCGCGAGUCUACAGAGGAAGACAGUAAAAGCAUUAAGAGUGAUGUUCCUGUCCACCUCAAGAGGCUGAAAGGCAGCAAGCACGAGGAUGGCACCCAAAGCGACUCAGAGAACGGCCUUGGCCUGCGUUUUGGUAGCCGACGCCACGCUGCUCUGGAGGAGCGCUUGAAGGCAGCUGGCCUCACACGUGCCAAGGUCACUGGGGCAGAGGGCUCAGGCUCCACUAGCCGUACCGCCUUCACCAUCGAGUUCUUCGAUGAAGAGAACCCACGCAAACGUCGCUCCUACUCCUUCUCCCAGACUGCACCACUUUUGGGAGGUAUAGCAGGAGAGGGACUAUGUCCAGCACCACCCUCCCAUCCUAAGGGUACUGCAUCAGCACUGGCAACAGUGGCACCUACAGCAGCACGACUGCUGCAGAAGAAAAGGUCAGAGGACAAGACGACGAUCCCUGGAGAUGAGACACAGAAACAGGAUGAUGAGCAGAGUGACAAAGGCACCUACACCAUUGAGCUGGAGAACCACAACCCUGAGGAGGAGGAGGCCCGCCGCAUGAUCGAUAAGGUGUUCGGGGUGGAGAACCCUCAGGAUCCCGGUUGCGCAGUGCAACAGAAAACUAAGGACAGUAAGAAGGCAAGCGGCUCUAAAGCUGAGGGCCUUUUGGAGGAAUCAGUUGCAGUUGGCAGUCCACACUGGGUUUCCCAAUGGGCCACUUUAGCUGCUAAUCACACAAGAACUGAUCCUGAAGGUUCUGGGGCAGAACCCACACACUUUGUCCAUCAAGAGAGAGAAGCUGACACGUUUGAGUCAGGUGUGUCUUUGAGGAGCACCGGCUCUGCCACCUCCAGCCAGGCUGAACGCAAGAGGAGGACACUGCCUCAGCUCCCCACUGAGGAGAAGAGCCGGCUGGGGAAGUCCUCUACCACAGGACUACGCUCUGAGAUUGGGGAGAAACAAGACACCGAACUCCAAGAAAAACAACACAAAGGAGACGGUGAAUGUGUUUCCACUCCCAACAAGAAGGACACUACAAGUGGAAAGACAAAUCUAGCACAUACAGCCUCUCCCAAGCUUCCUGUGGGAGGUGUAGAGAAGCAGAGUGAGGAGUCUCGUAGGAGGCGUGCGGAGGACAAGAGCAAAGGGAGUAAUGGCGAGCGGAGCGGGAAGCCCCUGGUGCGUCAAGGCAGCUUUACCAUCGACAAGCCAAGUGCCAAUGUUCCACUUGAGCUUAUCCCACGCAUCAAUCAACGGCAUUCUGGGGGCCGAGAGCGCAGUGAUUCAGCUGGCAGCAUGGACACGGCCACCCUGCUCAAGGACACCGAGGCUGUUAUGGCCUUUCUAGAGGCCAAGCUGCGGGAUGAGAAAAAGCUGGACCCAUCACAACCCUCUGGCUACCCUUCAGGACACUCUUUUUCUCCAGAGUUGGAUGCUGACGCAGCUAAAGCAGCAGGGCGCACCGAAGUGCCACAGAAGCGCCGUUCUCUCAGCAGUCUGCACAGAGAGAAAAGCAACAUGAGCUCAGCCGGAAAGAGCACAGCCAAUGCGCGGGAGCGCCUAGAGAGGAAAGCCAAGCCCAAGACCUCAGAUGGGCGCCUGGAUACCCGUCGCUCUGCCCAUACAAGCCAACGGGCCCGCCAACCCUCCAUGGACCUGACAGAUGAUGAGCAGACAUCCUCAUUGCCCAUUUCUGAUGUACUGUCUGAUGACCAGGAGAAUGGGCGUAACCCCUUCACCUUCACUGAUGACUUGCUGCACUCCAAAAUGGACUCCUCUAAAGUUGCUAGAGCUGGUAAAUCCAGCAGGACACCCCAGGCCAGCACUGCCACUACGGGCAAGCCUCAGUUGCCUCAGCCUCGGCCCACAAGGGCAUCCCUUCUGAGACGUGCUCGGCUUGGAGAUACAUCUGACACAGACCUGGCAGAUGCGGACCGGGUGUCAGUUGCAUCUGAAGUGUCCACAACCAGCUCCACAUCCAGGCCACCAUCAGGCAGGAAGGCACCAUCUCGUAUCGACAUGCUGGCGCAGCCCAGACGCACCAGGCUUGGGUCCAUGUCAGCACGUAGUGACUCAGAAGCCACAUUAUCCCGCAGCACUACAUCAAGGAUAUCCUCUGAGACAGCUCUGAGACUGGGCUUGCGCCCCACCAACCCAGCAGACAGCAAGCUGAACCCACGCCUUCGGGCAAACAGCGUCUCUAAGUUGACAGACACCAAAACCAAGACCACGCCAUCCAUCUCCAGUGCUCCAGGAGCCAGCAGCAGGUGGCGGCGACUGAAUACAGAAUAUGGCUCCACCUCUGAGGACGAGUUUGGCUCGAACAGGAACUCCCCCAAAGCUGGAAGACUGAGGCCAGGCAGUGCUCUGCGUACCAGUAGACUGAGCAGCUCGGGCACAGUGACGGCAAGUCCGGGCAGCAUCACCAUCAAACACAGGAUGAGGGAGCAGGAGGAAUACAUCAGAGACUGGACAGCCCACAGCGAAGAGAUCGCCAGGUUAUUCCCCUGUGUGCGCAGGAUCAGUCAGGACCUGGCCAAGGAUCUGGCCAUUCUGGCACGGGAGAUCCAUGACGUGGCUGGCGAGAUCGACUCGGUCAGCUCUUCCGGCACAGCACCAAGCACUACGGUGAGCACGGCGGCCACCACGCCUGGCUCUGCCAUCGACACCAGGGAGGAGUUGGUAGAGCGAGUUUUUGAUGAAAGUUUGAACUUUCGGAAGAUCCCCCCUGUGGUGCAGACCAAGACUCCAGAGAUGAAUGGCCGAGCGGUGGAGCUGCGACCACGAGCCCCAGACAGUCUGGAUCCCCAGAAUGCACUCCGCAGACGCACAUGGAACCGAGAUGAGGUCAGACCGGCGGUGCUAGACAGCUUGCUGCUGACCUCAGUCUCUCAGCUGUCCUCCAAAAUCCGCCAAUCUGUGGACAAAUUAGCAAGCAAAAUCAAGAUUUUGUUCAAGGACAAGGACAGGAACUGGGACGAUAUUCAGAGCAAACUGAGCUCAGAGAGUGAUAUACCACUGCUCAAAACCACUAAUAAGGAAAUCUCAACCAUUCUAACUGAGCUGAAGAGGAUGGAAAAGCAGAUCGAAGCCAUAAAUAUCAUGAUAGACCCAGACGGAACCCUCGAUGCUCUUACCAGUCUAGCCCUUGUGAGUCCCACUACACCCAAACCCAAGGCCAGCAAUGGAGCCUCCAAACCCUCCUCCACCAUCUCCCCUAACCGAGAACUCCCCAGCCCUGGACUCAACCGUCCUCAAGCUAGUGGAGAGGUGAGCGCCAUUACUCACAAGUGAAAGACAGGAAUCGUCAGAAUUCAGCGAACUGGACCUCUAAUAACUAAAUCUCUCUGAACUGAUAAACCUUUACCUGUACAUCCUGUCUGUACCCCUCCCUUCCUGCACUCCAUUGGAAUGUCCAUCUUUCUCCGAGUGAAGUUGUUGAAGGUCCCACCUGUGGAUUUGGACCGUGAUAUACGGUAUAGUGCAGCUCCACAAGCACACACCGCUACUGCUGAAGAAGAGGUGAAGGCCCAUUGAUCUGAGGCUUGUUAUGCUGGACUUCUUCCUCAUGCCUGUGUGUCUGAUGUUCGAACCGACUGCUUGUGUGCGUUUCAAGUGUGUAUACUCCCUUCCAGGCAUGAAGCAAGUGGACUUCGUAAUUCAACUUCAGCAAAAACGACUCCGAGUGCCUGUCUUCUCCCCUCUGUAAGCAUUCUUUUCUGUGAAUAACAGCUUCUUACGAAGUGACUUUUUUGUGUCAGAAAUGAGAUGGUGUUGGUUGAAAACACUUAGCAGAAAUUUAAGCUUGAAGGAAAACUUUUCAAGAAGUGUUAAGCAUGAAGGUAAAUAUGAACCAGCUUACCAAAGUAAGUCAAAUUCUAUGCGUGCUCUCAACAGCUGCAAAUUUCAUCCAGUUUAUUCAAACGAUUACACAAAGUGCAUUUACACUAUAAAAAUGAGCAUUUCAGUGAUUUUUGGCGUGAGUAAACAGAACAUUCACUGAAUUACUCAGUCUUCAUGCACUGAUUUUUUUGUAACCUUUUAGACUAAAGGAUAGGUAGCAAACUUGAUACAAAUUUCAAUUUAAAAAUCAGCCAAUGUCUGACAUCGGUUUAUUUUCCCUCACACUGGAACGAGGUGUUUGGAAAAUAUGCAGUAUUAGAAAACGUAUUAGUAAAAUGCAACAUGGUUGUGUGUUGAACAUCUCAUGCGCUGAAAUCUGCUACUGUGACCUGAGCCUCAGAACAAACAGCCUUUAAACGCAAGGCUCAUUCACAUUCUGAACGUGUUACGGUCAGUCGAACAUGUUACACUUUUAAUCUCAUUAUUAACAUUCUCUAAUCAGAGUAUGCAAUUACAGGGAAUUAGAUACGCAAUAGUAAGUGUCAAGCAGUUUGUCAGCAUUUUUCAGAAAUCUCCAAAAGCUCAUUAGUCAUGUUGUUUCAUGAAGGUAUUCCAACACAUGGUGUAUGUACUGUAUUGUCUUACGCUCGUGUCUCCGCUUGCUGCUUGGCUGUAUUUCUGUUCAUGGGGAAGGCUGGGGGAUGAGCUUACUCAGCCUUUCAUUGUGAAUCUGCGUGUCGUAGAGAGAGUAGUGCGACUGUCAUUAGGAACUGAAAAAUAGUGAAGAUAGGUACAGGACUUUUUGUUGAUAAAUAUAUCGGUGAAGUGCCCACUGUGGAAAAUCUAGUUCUUGGGCAGUUUUAGGAAUGAUAAUCAUACUGUAGCGUGUAAAAGUGUUAUUUUAAGGUUCCUGGACUUCUGUAAGUUGAUGUUAUGUGUGUUAAAGGCCAUAAGGGGCAUAAAAGGACAUAACACCAAAAUCAUAUCUGUACAUCAUACUGCUCUCAUAACAGGAUGCAUUUUAUUUUCAGUGGGACGAUCCUCCCGCCCCUAAAACAUACCCAUCCUUUAUUAUUUUUUUUAACAGUAGUAUCAUUUACAGUAUAAUAUUAUUGUACAUGUUUUACACAACGGGGAACAGAACACUUACUUGGUACAGUUUUGUUUUUUGUUUGUUUCUUUCUUCGUUUGUUUCAGUUUACAUGCACGAUUGUAAAAUACAGUUUUUGUUCUUUUUCAUUGUUUUUGAUAAAAGUAUUUAUUUAUUUUGGUUUAUUUUUGUUUCAUGCCUUGAAUUUUUUUUGCAGCACAUUUUUGUUGGUAUUUCAAUUUUGUUUUUUGUUUUUUUUUUGUUUUGUUUUUUAAUGGAAUCUUUUCCAUGCUCUUAAUAAAGAACAAAAUAUUUCUGGACCCUAAUUAAACGAAAUUGUCUGUGUGUAUCCUGCAUUUCAA